AUGGGUGGAAAUUCCAUGGAGCCCCCUUUCGCUCGAGACUCCACAAUCGUCCCGAUAUCGGAUGGAUUCGCAUUCGAUCCAACGCAUGGAAAUCGUUUGGACUUGGAGCCGUGGUCGCGAACGCGACGACCCCUGACGCAAUGGUUCGUCGAAGAAGCGUCACCAAGCGUCAUCACAACCCCACCGCACCGGAGCGUGCGCCCUUCUUCGCUCUGCCUAGAUUUCCCCACCCCUCCGUCCGAGUUCCUCAGUAGCGAUUCGCCGAGACGCCAACGGUCGAGAGUGCCAUGGCACAUCGGAGGUGAAAUCUCGAGCAAAAGGAAGAAAAAACUCGACUCAGUGCUCAGCUUCCGUAGCGAUGAUCAAAGUAGCGGCGUUUCCCAGGGAACACCUCUUGUCUGGAGCGCCAACAGCAGACGGUGUUCCCGGGACUUGCUUGAAGUACCGAAUCAAAGAAUAGGCUGUGAUCAAGACUUCACUGAUCUCGAUCUCUGGAGAGCGCAAUCCGCCGAAGUGAUCGGUGGGGUUCAAAAUCUUCACAUGGACGAACUUGCUCAAAUCGUCAGAAAUAAGAAUAUGGUCAGGAGGAGGAGCGCGGAUUUACUAGAAGACUGUCUCCGAAGGCACACCCGCUCACUAUCGGAAGUGGACAAUCUACAGAUGGUGGGAAUGGUUACAGCGAAUCAGAUCGUAUCGAAAAGAAGAUGGCGUCGAAUGGUUCUCAGAGAACGCGCAGUCGAUGCCUUCGCUCUAACUUGUGGAGGUACAUGCUGCAUAGCUUGUUUAUACGCGUGCGUAGCCUACUUCUUCCUGCCAGGAACUUGGCCUACCGUCUUCGGACCCUGCGAAGAUGCUCUCUGCGCCCUAAAAUAG